CUUGGUCCUGAGUGGCGGCUGGCGGGGACGCGGAAGCGAAAGACGGAAGCCCGGAAGGAAGGAUAACUGUCAGAGAAAUCGCAGAAUUUUACCAAAUUUUCGGACCGGAGUCGAUCGUUUUAUACAACAACUACCCGUAUUCCAUAUCGGCCCUCGCUGCAAUGAUUCUGCUAGAGAUCAACAACCGGAUCAUAGAGGAAACGCUGUCGCUUAAGUUCGACGGCGCGUCCAACGGAACAAAACCGGAGGCUGUGGAGGUGACCUUUGCAGACUUCGAUGGCGUCCUCUACCACAUCUCCAACCCCAACGGAGAGAAGACCAAGGUGAUGGUCAGCAUCUCCCUCAAGUUCUACAAGGAGCUGCAGGAGCAUGGCGCGGAUGAGCUGCUGAAGCGAGUCUAUGGGAACUUCUUGGUGUCGCCGGAGUCUGGCUACAACGUGUCCUUGCUGUAUGACUUGGAUGCGGUCCCGGCCGACAAGCAGGACGUGAUUCACCAGGCGGGCAUGCUGAAGAGGAACUGCUUCGCCUCAGUCUUCGAGAAGUACUUUAAGUUCCAGGAGGAGGGUCGGGAGGGCGAGGCCCGGGCCGUGGUCCACUACCGGGACGACGAGUCCAUGUACCUGGAGGCUAAGAAGGACCGCGUCACCGUGGUGUUCAGCACCGUGUUCAAAGAUGAUGAUGACGUCAUCAUCGGGAAGGUCUUCAUGCAGGAGUUCAAGGAGGGCCGGCGGGCCAGCCACACGGCCCCCCAGGUCCUGUUCAGCCACAGGGAGCCCCCCCUGGAGCUGAAGGACACAGACGCCGCCGUCGGGGACAACAUCGGAUACAUCACCUUCGUGCUGUUCCCACGUCACACCAGCCUCAACUCCAGGGACAACACCAUCAACCUCAUCCACACCUUCCGCGACUACCUGCACUACCACAUAAAGUGCUCCAAGGCCUACAUUCACACACGCAUGAGGGCCAAGACCUCAGACUUCCUCAAGGUGCUGAACAGGGCCCGCCCCGACGCUGAGAAGAAGGAGAUGAAGACCAUCACGGGCAAGACUUUUACACGACGACGACCAAUCAGAAAGCGACGAACUGGACACGCCCACAAGGAGUCAGACGCAAAGGCCACAUUGGACAGGACUUCAGGAUGCCCGCCCCAACCCCCCUCUCCCCUCUCCCCUUCCCCCCUCCCUCCUGACCCAAAAUCCCAGGAAAACGUGUCCAGGCUGUUAUGUUUUUUAUUUUAUCAUUAUUUUCCAUUGUUGUUGUUUUUUCGGAACAAUGGAGUUGCCUGUUUGAUUCAAGAUGGUUCUGCUUAGGGAUUCCGAGGCUUAAAGAUGGAGAGGGGGUGGGGGGGGGGAAUAAGACAAGACACAAAAUAUGGGCAUUUGUUGUUCCUUGCUUUGCAUAGUUAAAGAGAAUUACUAGUCCUAUAUAAAUAUAUAUAUAUGAAAAAAAACAAGACAUUUUUGAUACGAUAUCUUUUACUCCAUUGGGUACUCUUGCCUUGCCUCCCCCUCCUCUCGAACCCCCGUCCUAACCCCCAGAUGUGUUCUCCCAACCCUCCCCUUUUAACCAAGGCAUACAAUGACGUCCGAACUCCCCUUCCUUUCUCUCUCUCUCUCUCCCUCCCCCUUUCUAUCUUGCCCUCUCCCUCUGCCUUCAUGUUGUGGUUACCAUUGUCAUUGGGAAAAAAAAUAAAUCACUUACAAAACAA